UAGGGUUUCGUACUCAGUCCACAUUACAGCACAGCAAAAGUCGCGUCUGUAAAAUGAAUGUCGCAAGAGGAACGACGGAGCUGCCGACCACAAUCGACGACGAUGACUCAAGCGAAAAUUUUUACGAGAAACAAGUAUUAAAACUGACCACCGUAGCCAGUGCCUCGUCCAUUCUAGCGAACAUUUUAAUUUCCGUCACGAUAAUCAAGUACAAGAACCUCAGGAGGAGCGUAACGAACACUAUUAUCCUCCACAUUGUUUUAGUGCAAAUAAUUAGCCUAGUUCUAGACGAAGUGCUCUUGUGGUUUUUCACCUACUUCGGGACUCCUCUGCCCCAGUAUCACAGCGAAUUCUGCGUCAUUUUCGUGGCGGUUCGAAUAAUGAACGCGAUCUCGUUCUUAUUUAUGAUUCUUCUAGUUUGUAAUUGGUACUUUAAGCUGUACAGCAACGAAAGCAAGUAUUCCAGAUUCUGCAAAUACCACAGGUUUUUUCUCGUUUUGAUCUACUUCGUCUCGAUUUUGGUGUUUCCGUUUUUGACUAAGAUGUGUCUGAGGAAAGACGUUUUUGCUACGUUUUACGUUGUUUUGUCGAUUCAGAUUGUUAUGAUCGUGUUUUGUGCGUACAUGAACGUUGUAGGGAAAUUUAAAAGUCGGAGUUCUUUUGAUCACGACGUCGGGUUAGGGGUUGCCAAUAUAACGAUUGUGUUUUGUACACCGGCGUAUUUUUUUCUUGUUUUGGCUUAUUAUAAUUUAGUUCCGACGUAUGUUGUGUUGUUUGCGGAUAUUUUGGCCACCGGAGUUUUUCCUUUCGUGCUAGUGUACAUGUACAAGUGUGACCGGAAUUUUCAAAUGUACUUUAAAAAGUUAAUUUCUUGUCGGAACGGUGGCUUAGAAAACGGAUCGGUGUCGUAUAAUCUCAUAAAUCACGUAGAAACUUAGUUAGAAUGUAUUAAUGUGCGUUGUACGUUCUUAAAUUAUCAAUUUAUUGCGAUUAUUUUAUCUUAAAAUGGGCUGUUAGUUUUAUUAAUAAGUUGGUUGGUUGGUUCAUUAUAAAAGUUCUAAAGAGUCUUAAAGUUCUGUUCAUCCGACUACAACCGUCUUAAAAUUUUCAUGUUCUUGUAAUUAAUUAACAUGCAAAGCCUUGAACAUUAAAUUCUACAACGUAGUUUGAUCUGUAUUCAAGAAUUUUUAAUAAAGACUGAAGUGCUCGACUAUUCAUUUAA